CUUUGGCAAUAAGCUUCUAAUCUUCGAUUCUGCGGAGCCUUGCUCCAUUAUCUGUACAUAUUCUCAGCUGAGAAUUCGUCGCUGCCAAUCGAAAUUCAGACGUCCCACGACGAGCCUCACGAUGUUUAGAACGCCUCAGAGUCAUGACAGUAGUGAAGAGAUACUCCCUCAUGCAGGAAACUCUUCUGGAAAUUCCUCAGGGACUUCUUCGGAGAAUGCUUCAGAGAAAGGCAUCCCAUACCCUACAUUUCCAGCACGGGCUUUGUCUGGACGAGAAAUCUGGAAAAACACUUCUCUGAAAAUUGAAGUCACGACUCAAAAUAGUAACGAGCCUUUCUACCCUCCUUCGACGCACCACAUACGAGGCCCUGAAGAAUUACCCUCGCAAAACAAAUGGACAUUGGCUAUCGUAACCUUUUCGCUAUGCCUUGGUACCUUUCUUGUCGCUCUGGACACUAUGAUCAUAGGGACAGCAAUUCCAAGCAUCACUUCUCAGUUCCACUCACUGGAAGACAUAUCAUGGUACGGGAGUGCAUAUCUUCUCACCAACACGGCAUUGCAACCCAGUUUCGGCAAAUUGUAUAAGUUAUUCAGGAUUAAGAUGAUAUAUUUGUUGUGUGUGGUUGUGUUUGAAGUUGGAUCGAUCAUUUGUGCAGCUGCACCAAGCUCUGCUGUAUUCAUUGUUGGACGAGCGAUUGCUGGAUGCGGAGCAGCUGGACUGCUUCAGGGUGCUCUUGCAAUCAUUGCAAAUACGGUUCCACUUGCGAAAAGACCUAUCUACAUGGGGAUUGUCAUCAGCGUCUUUGGGAUUAGUGUUUGCAUCGGACCUGUCCUCGGAGGGGCUUUUACUCAACACAUAACGUGGAGAUGGUGCUUCUGGAUCAACGUCCCGAUCGGAGGAACAGCCCUUCUCCUGAUCGCCAUCUUCCUUCGACUCAAGAGGUCUGAGGAGCAAGAACGAUAUAGAUUGAUGCGAGUCAUCGACCGUGUCAAGGAACUUGAUCCAUUGGGAGCCUCAUUACUGAUCUCGGCAAUCUGUUGCCUCUUCUUGGCUUUACAGUGGGGAGGACAAUCACUGCCAUGGAACUCCUCCAAGGUUAUUGGAUUAUUUGCUGGAUUUGGUGUCUUGAUCGCUCUCUUCUGCUUUACACAGGUCAUCCUGGGUGAGGACGCAACGAUACCUAUUCGUGUACUCAAGCAACGUUCCAUCUUGUGUGGCUCGCUGUUUCUUUUCUUCAUGGCAGUUCCUUCGUAUAUCUACGGAUAUUAUUUGCCGAUCUACUUUCAAACUUCGAAGGGGUCUUCUGCGACUUACAGUGGGGCCCAAUUCAUGGCACUUGCUGUCUCCCAGAUAUUCUUCGUCGUGAUCUCGGGUGCUGUUGCAACAAAGUGGGGAUAUUACGCUCCAUAUAUGGUAGUUGGAACUGCAAUCAGUGCAGUGGGCUCAGGCUUACUGACAAUGCUGAAAGUUGAUACUCCCACAUGGGAGUGGGCGUUGUUCAUGGUCAUAUGUGGAAUAGGCACUGGCCUUGCAAUCAACUUACCCUACACGGCUGUACAGGUUGUACUGAGCAAAGAAGAUGCACCAAUAGGAAACGCAAUCUCACAGUUCGCAUUUCAACUUGGAGCUGCCAUAAGUCUUUCCAUAGGACAGAACAUCUUCCUCAACAAGUUGAUUGAGGUCGUCCCCCAAAAGACACCAUCAAUUCCUGUCUCAGCAGUGGUUGCGGCUGGCGCCUAUGAUCUUCGCAGUCUUGCGCCGACACCUGCACUUUUACACCUCCUCAGAGAAGCUUAUGCUCUCGCGAUUCGAGAUCCAUUGAUAUAUGCGGUGACAGCAGCUUGUCUUGGAUUGGUUUUCGCUUGUGGAAUGGAGCAUAAGAAUAUCAAGGCUGUUGAACAAUCAAGAAUGGGGAGAUGUCAAGAACUCAAUACGCAUGGGUUAACGGAUUCUUCCUCAAGUAGAGAUGAGCAAGUGUAGAUUUUGACUGCUAAUUGGGUAUGCAAAAUUAGGUGUUAUGGGAACAGGACUCAAUCAAUGCUCUGUAUAUUCUAUCAUU